AGGUAUGAGGAGGCGAUCAACUUGGAGUAUGAGAAGAGGGAGGGCGGUGCGUAGUUGUCAAUAGUUCAGAAUUUAUCUGGUUUGCUUCCCGUCUAAGCAGCUGUCACGUCAAUUGCGAUUGCAUGCGAUCAUCAUGCUUGUUGCAGCUGCGUGCCAGUCAACGGUCAAUUUUUGAUCGAUUAAAGACCAGAAUGCCUGACAUCUUCUCAAUCUGGAGGAGGUUCGCUGAAGUUGUCUGAGAUAGGGAACGAGACGACCAGUCUGCCAAUACAGCGUCCUAAAAGUCCAGGAAACCCCUCCAAACCAACCUUCCCCCCCUCCCUUUCUCGCUCCCAAGGCUCCCCACACGUGCGCCAACGCACAACCCGCACCACACCGCAGCACCAGCCACGCCAACGCGACAACCGAGGCCAGCGCAACACCAACACGUAAAUCAAACAACCAUACGCAAUCGCAAUGUCAGACCAGAUCAAGGAAUUCGCUGAGGUGCCUAGGGAAUUUUUCCGUGAUGGAAGUCAGUUCAUCAACCGCUGCACUAAACCCGACAAGAAGGAGUUCAUCAUGAUCUCCAAGGCCGUCGCAAUCGGAUUCUUGGUGAUGGGAUUCAUUGGGUUCAUUGUGAAGCUGAUACACAUUCCUAUCAACAACAUCUUGGUUGGAUCUGCAUAAGCGGG